AUUGCAGACGACGAGCGUCUAAAACAUGGGCGACACAUAAGUGCAAGUAUUUAGCAUGAGAUAGAUGCUAGACGAUUAAGACAAUGUGAGAGCUUACUUUUGUUUUGGUUUUUUUUGUUUUUUUUUUUUUUGUCAUAAUAUGAAGAUAAUGUUUCAACCGAAAUUUAAAAGGCAAAACAGUAUAAGUAGUUUCUAUGAAGAAACAAUUUUUAAGUUUGUAACUUAAUAUCACGUAAUAAAAAUAAAACCUUUCUCUCUUAAACUGUGAUUCAAGCCUUUUCGCAUGAAGAUUAAAUUUUUGUUUAAUUCCGCCUUUUUGUUUAUGCAUUUAUUUAUUUAUUUACUUUGGUUUGUUUCUCUUUUUGGUAGCGUAAUACUUUCAAGUUUUUGAUAUUUCGAUUUAUGCUAUUAUUCCUUUCGAUCAUAAUGACGUGCUCAAAUGUCGGGCAAUGUUUUAGCUUUGCUUUAAUCUAAAUUUAGUUCCAAAACAGAUUUAAACCGAAGAUGUGGUUGCUCGUGCACAUAAUUUGUUAUACGUUAAUAUUGCUUGCGGUGCAUCAUGUGUUCAGCUACUGGAAACGUAGACGUUUUCCCCAAGAGAAAACCGUUCUUUAUUUGGAUUUUUUUAAACAAAUUAUCCGUCGCGAGUUGCAAUACGUUAAAGCAAUUAAUGCCGAUUAUCGGCGUUUUCGUUCGCAACCUUUUAUUGGCAUUUAUUGUCGGCUGAAACCAUGCCUUUUAGUAAGAGAUUUAUCCCUUGCUAAUUCUAUAAUGAAAACGGCGAGCGCCCAUCAUUUCGCAAACACAAAGUGGGAUUAUUCACGUAAUUAUCGCAAAUACAAUUUAUUAGAGAAAUUAUCACCGAUAUUUUGUAAGAAUCAGCUGGAAGGUAUGUUGCCACAUAUUGAGAAAGUUGCCAACAAUUUAUUAAAUUAUCUGAAUGAUCAAUGGCGUCAAGAUGAUAAGGUCGUUGAGGUGGAUGCACAAUAUUUAAUAAGCACAUUUGUUAUAAAUGUUUUAGCAAAUUUAAUCUAUGGAUCAGAGAUUGAUCAUUUUAAACAAACUGAUAAUGUUUUUAAGCAAUAUGUCAAUGAAAAGCUUCGCAAUACAAGAGCAUAUAAUUUCUUUUUACGGCAAAAUUCGUCGAUAACCUUACGUGAAAUGCUUAAUGAAAACGUGCAACAACGUGAGCAAAGUGGCCUAAUACGUAAGGAUAUUUUGCAAAUGUUAUUAAAGUUACGUAAUGGAGACAAUAUUGAAUAUAAUGAAAAGUUCACUUGGUGUCUUAAAAAAGAUUAUGGAAUUAAAGAGAAAUUUCUUUCCCUCUCUAAACUGACACGGAUCGUUGAACACCUGUUUGACAUGGGCUAUGAAAGUAUGGCCGUCACAGCCACAUUCACUUUAUAUGAAAUUUUAAAAGAUGACGACAUACGGCAAAAGAUUAUGCAAGAGCUUGAAGCAUUUGAGUUAACAAAAACCAAUUGCAACAACAUUUGUGUAAAUUAUGAAAAUUUACAAAAACUCAAAUUUAUGGAUUUAUGUAUACAAGAGACUACACGUAAAUAUCCUUCAGUUCCAUUAAUUGAACGACAAUGUUGCAAGGAUUUUAAAUUACCCGGAACAAAACUGACUAUGCGAGAUGGCGACACUAUGAUUAUACCCUUAAUGGCUAUACAACAUGAUGAGAAAUAUUACGUUAAUCCCUUUAGCUAUAAGCCACAACGUUUUGCGGAGAAUAAAAGCGGUGAAAAGGCUGAAGUAUUUAUUGGUUUCGGUUUUGGUGCACAAAUCUGUGUGGCUCAGCAUUUAAUUAAAUUAGUAAUAAAGUUAAUAUUAGUUAAACUUUUCUUAAACUAUCAACUGGAGUCAACUGAUUCUGCAAGUUUGAAAGUAGACUAUAAGAGGCUAGCUUGCAUAAGAGCUAAGAAAGGAUUUAAAAUUAAAUUAAAAAAAUUACUGCAAAAAUAAAAUCAAAUAUUUGAAAAUUAAUUUUUCUUUUUCAGUAAUAAAUAUUUAAGAGUUAAUUUCAUUCAAAUUAAAGAUCAUUUUGUCAGAUGUCUGACACGGAAUUUCAAGUAAAUUUAUAUUCGGCUCGAACAAGUAUACAUGAGAGUUAAGAUGAUUUUGAAACAUAUUUUGGGAGCUCAUCUCCUUCAGCUCAAGUGUUUGCUUUGAAAUGUACAUUAGAAGUGAAAGCUAUGAAGCUGUUCUUUGAGGCUGAAAUUUUGUUUCGCCGAACUUAUGCCUAAUGCCCCAAUAUCUGAACGUAAGUUAUUGCCUAUAAUAUUUUGAAAUAUUAACUGUUUUACGAUUUUUUUUUUUUGCCUUUCCUGGCAAUUGAACUGUUACACUGUAGAUGCAUAAAAUGCUUCAGCUGGUCACUAUCGACCUUGUGAAUAAAACAGUUUUCACCAAAAAGGGAAAAUAUGACUCGUGUCGCCAUGAUAGGAAAAAUGAAGAUAGCAACCUAAAAUCUUGAUCGAUUGAAAAAUCAAGGUUAAAAACUGAGUGUGAUCCAUCACCGUUAUCGUAAAACGACGAAAGAAGGCAAAAGAACCAAAUUUCCAUGCUUCCAUACAUGGUUGGGCAGUCGAACUGAUGGACAGACGAACGGACGGACAUUCGAGUAUAUGUAUAUUAUAUGGAGUCUUUGCAGCUUGUUUUUACAUGUUAUGAACAUGUUGAAAAUAAAAUUGCAUAUUACACAUUACAUAAACGGGCAGAUGGACAGACAGACAGACGAGCAUG